AUACAGCAACGGUUUGCUGCACAAUUUUUGAAUUGCCUUGUUUUUGUUUUGGUUUUUGUUUAUAAUAUUUUGAGUGUAUUGCAUUCGUUCAUAUUUUAUUGUUGGUCUGUUGGCUGUUGCUAUCAUGGAUAUUAACAAGAACGAUGAAGUUGCAGACCUUGUAUCCAAGAUUAAAAGUCAUGAUUCUUACGGAAAAUCCUACAAAUGGGCACCUAGAGAUUUUGAACUUGGUACAGAAUUAGGACAAGGAAAAUUUGGACAUGUUCAUGUUGCUCGUGAAAAGAAGACUGGUUAUCUCGUAGCAAUCAAAGCGCUUUUUAAAUCUCAAAUAGUCCAUUCGAAUUGUGAAAGACAAGUAUUAAGAGAAAUCGAAAUUCAGUCUCAUUUAAAACAUCCAAAUAUAUUACGUCUACUGACAUGGUUUCAUGAUGAGCGUCGAAUAUAUCUGGUGGUCGAAUUUGCAGCUGGGGGAGAGCUAUACAAGCAUCUCACAAAUUCACCCAAUGGUCGCUUUCCAGAGAAUAAAGCUGCUAGAUAUAUCUAUCAGGUUGCAGAUGCUGUGGAGUAUUGCCAUCAGAGACAUGUGAUUCACAGAGACAUUAAACCAGAAAAUAUAUUAGUUUCAUACAAUGGGGACCUGAAAUUAGCAGACUUUGGUUGGUCUGUUCAUGCACCAUCAGAAAGGAGGAAAACUAUGUGUGGAACCCUAGACUAUCUUCCCCCAGAGAUGAUCAAACGUGAGGUGUAUGAUGUGUCAGUAGAUCAGUGGUGUAUCGGAAUUUUAUUGUAUGAAUUUUUAGUUGGAAAACCACCCUUUGAAAGUGAGGGCCAAAGUAAAACAUACACAAGAAUUCUUGCCUUAGAUAUGACUUACCCAAAAUAUGUAUCUGAAGGAGCUAAAGAUCUGAUAUCCCAGUUAUUAAGACAGUCAAGCAAGGAGAGGCUUUCAUUAGAUGGUGUGAAGAAACAUUAUUGGGUGCAAAAUUUUCAAAAUGUUUAGUGUUAUGCUGUGCAAAUUAUUGUUAUUUAA